AUGUCCGAAGGCAAACUCCUCCCAGUCGCCAAUCGCACCGAGUCAUUCUGGCUCACGGAGCGGGACCCCGAGCUCAAAGCUGCACGCACCACACCCGACCUCCCCUCUUCGGCCGAUGUAGUCAUCAUCGGCAGUGGCCUGACUGGGGCGAUGAUGGGGUACCAUAUCAUGAAGAAGGCGCAGAAGGAGGGAAAGCAGCUCAAGGUGGUGAUGCUGGAAGCAGACGAGUGCUGCGGUAGUGCGACAGCCAGGAACGGUGGACAUUGCAAGCCUGUCACCUUUAUUGGCUACCGCUCCGAGGCCAAGAAGCACGGCGCCGCUGUCGCUAAUCACCUUCUCACCUUUGAGGAAGCCGCUCUGGGCCUGUACGCCGACGUCGUCCGCAAGGAGGAUAUCGACUGCGACCUGCACGUCACUCGAGCGAUAGACGUCUUUUACCGCAAGGAGGACGCGCAGAGCGCCAAGCUGGAUCUCGAGGCGCGGGCGGCUGCAUUCCCAGAUGCUACUCGAGCAGGCGAUAUACGGCUUGUGGAGGAUCCAAAAGUGCUGGAGCAGAUGGCGGGGGUCACUGGGACUGCGAUGGGUGCCAGCUAUCCCGCUGGACAUCUGUGGCCGUACAAGCUUGCCACGUCUUUGAUACGCAUCGCCAUCCGCGACGGUAUGAGCAUCCAGACGUACACUCCCGCUCUAUCCAUGGAAGCCGCUGGCGCCAAGUGGACGGUAAUAACCGCACGAGGCAAAAUCGCCGCCGGCAAAGUCAUCGUCGCUACCAACGCUUACACCUCCUCGGUCCUGCCCGAGUUCAAACCCCUCAUCAUCCCCGUCCGCGGCGCUGCCUGCUCCAUCACUCCUCCACCCAGCCAUUCUGCAGCCGGCAUACCCGGUCCCUUCCGUUACUCUUAUGGCUUCCGUCACGCCCAAGGUCAGAUCGACUACAUGAUCCCUCGUCAAGGAAGAGGUCGGGUACCAGGGGUGGGCGAUACUAGCCUCAUUCUUGGCGGGGCCAAAGGCGUAUAUCUUGGUCAUCUUGACCGAUGGUACAACAACAAGCACGACAACGAGAUUAUCCCGGGGACGAAGGAGUAUUUUGAGGGGUACAUGAGCGACCACUUUGCGGGAUGGAGGAAGGGAGAAGGGAGUGUGGAUCAUGUGUGGUCAGGGGUCCUUGGCUAUUCCAGCGAUCUCCUGCCUCUGGUAGGGGAGCAUCCCGACCGUCCCGGAGUAUACGUGAUUGCUGGAUUUACGGGGCAUGGUAUGCCUCGUAUACCUGGCUGUUCGGAUGCCCUCUCCACGCUGGUCCUGAGCGACUCGCAAUCAGCGCAAAAGACGUUUGAGACCGCUCUCCCCAAGCCAUACUGGUUGACUCGUGAGCGCCUCGAGUCAAAGACGAACGCGAUCAAGGCGGCGAUGGGUCAGGGUGAAGGGGUGUCGGCAGCGAGGGAGACCAAUGACGAGGUCAACAUGCUGGCUCAGGCUGUAAAGGCGAAGUUAUAG